CCCCACCACAAGACAAUCAAUCAAUCAAUCAAUCACUCGUUUUCUUCCUCAGCACUUGCCUCUUGCUACGUUGCAGAACUGCAGACCGAGCAGGCACGACCGCCCUCUUCAUCUGUUCAUCUGUUCAUCUCUUCUUCUCUUCUUCUCUUGAUUUCUCCUUCUAUUCAGAUCCAUUCUCACUGCAAUAUCGACGCCGAGCCCCUCCACAAGCUACGACCGAACCACCCGACUCCCUAAUGUCACUCUCGAUCUUGACAACUCCCUGACAACGCAUCGCUCUGCCAAUAUGAGCAACCGGCAGUUUAAGUCACAGGCCUCGAGCAGCCGUGCUGCCGUGGGCGGCGGAGGAUUCGGUGCUUUUGGCUCUGCGUCGUCGAGUGGCAGCGUGCUGUCGUACCUCACACCUCCCCCUGACCUCAAGUACAUCAGCGAUCCCAACGUUGCAGUAGCAUUCAAGGCCUUGUCUAAGAAAGACGCUACUACAAAGACUAAGGCCCUAGAAGAUCUCCGCGCAUUCGUGCAAUCACCCCCCGAGUUUCAGGCAGGCAUAGAGAGCGCAAUACUCGAGGCUUGGGUGCAAUUCUAUCCAAAAUUGAGUAUAGACAAUUCAAGACGGGUCCGCGAACUCGCACAUCAAAUUCAAUAUGACAUUACCGCAACGGUCAAGAAGCGUAUGGAGAAACAUAUGCCUGUAAUAAUCCCUUCCUGGCUGGCAGGAACGCUGGAUAGAGAGCGCGUGGUUCUCAAGGCAGCAACUGACGGCCUGAAUCUCAUAUUAUACACCGAUGACAAGGUCCAGAAGUGUUGGAAGAUUUUUCAGCCCCAGAUCUUAGAAUACGCUCGAAGCGCUCUCGAUGAAACUCCACAGUCGCUCUGCGACGACAGAUCGAUGAGCGAAGACGAGAUUCAAGAGACCUAUUUAAGAGUUCUCGGAUCGAGUGCAUCACUCGUUGAGCACCUUCUCUCGCACCUGGACAAGCCCGAUCUUCUCAAUCACCAGGACAAAUACAAACUUUACUUCGACAACAACCCUGCCAAGUUAUGGGGUCUAAUUUCUUGCCAAGAUGCAUUUGUCAGAAAAGUGGUCGCUAAAUUGCUAGUCGUCUGCUUAAAGAAGCAGCAUGGUGUUGUUGAAGCGAACCUCGAGUUGAUCAGCAAAACAUUCAUUGCAGAAGCGUUUUCUAGCUCUCAAACUACGUCGGCCUACCAGCUAAUCCAAGCUUUGGAACCGCUUACAAACGCAUAUCCACAAGUAUGGACUUCGUCAUACAAGGCCAAAAAACCCGCUUUAUUGAAGCUCCAAAAGUUCAUUGCCAAAGGUUCUCAAGGUGGACCUGCAGCAUAUUGGCAAAGUCUCCAGUCUCUCCUCAAAAACCUACCUCGCGCUCUUCUUCCUAUAGAGAUCAGAGCCUCACUAGACUUCUUGUCAGCCCUUCGAGAUGGUAUCAACAGCAGAGAAGAGCACAGAAACAAUGCCGAACAGGCUUGGACCUGCUAUUUCCAUAUCGCCGAUUUCUUGGGCAAAUACCUGCCUGACGAGACCUCCCAAGGCAAAUUCUUCCAGGAUGCUGUGUUUCCGAUCUUCGAACAUUAUCUUCAUCCUUCGGUCGAAAACUCCAAAUGGUCGCUCGGCCAAAACACCCCAGCUCUCGCAAAGGCAUUUGUUAUUUGCGCUUCAACAACAGACACUGCUUUGCGUACAUUACUGAGUCAGGAGUGGCAGCGAUUGGCAGACGAGUUUAUUCUCAGAAUUCGUACAUCUUUGCCGGAGCAAUCAAAGGACUAUGCGGUCUCUCAAGCCUCGGUCGUCGCUGAAGGCAAUCGAUGGUUUUCGCUUGUAAAUGAGGUUUUCAGAAAUACCCCCAAUAUCGAAGUAAGCCAAAUCCUCGAGCAGCAUUCCAGCAGGAUUAUUACCGCUGCUCUCGCAGCCAUAACCACCCGCAAUGGAAAAGCCUACUCAGCUACGGCAACUCUGGAUGCUGCUUUGCGCCUUACUCCCCGCUUGUUUCGGAUCACAGAAAAUAUGAAUUCUCUCAAGACACUUUUCGAACAGAACUUCAAUCGUCUGCUCGUUUCUCCCUCGAUGGAGUAUUUGGUGUCCAUACUUCAUGGGUUUCAUUAUUUCACUGAACAAAAAUCCGACUUCGCAAAGUUCUGGCAGUCAGCUGUGGGCAGUAUUUUGCAACUUUCCGAAGAAGAGGAAGAACAGAAGCUUCGAACUAUCACAGCACUUAUAGCAAGCCACGAAGUUAAAAGCAUUGGCGCCCUCAACAAAGAAUUGCAGACGUUUUUGUAUAAGAUGUGUGUCAAAGCCUUGCACGCAAAUCAACAAGCUUGGCCGAUAUUUGAGACUGCAGUCACUUUUCACACUAUUGCACCCGCUCAAGCAAAGAUGGUCGUGCAGCAAAUUAUUUCGGGUUUCGAUAUCGUCAAUGUGUACCUCGAAUAUGCCUGCCGUGCCCUAGAGCUACUGGCCAAAAAGAAUAAGGAGCUUCUGCAGGACCAUAAUACCCAGAUGAUUCUGUUGGCCAAGUUUCUGGAAUUCAGUGAGAUCAGCGAUACGGUACCAGUGGCCGCAAAGGCAAUGAAUUUGCGAGUCCUCGUGGAGCCACAUAUAGAAGAUACGGACAAAAUCGAGGCGUCGCGACGCAGAGUCGUCCAACUCGUACGCGACGAGUUAGAAAGUGCCUCGCCUCAAUCAUUACUCGUUGGCACACUUUUCAAAGAGGCACAUGGCACAAUGAGACGUGUUCUGCUUCCAGAAACUAUAGCUUCGUUUUUCCCAGAGCUCCUCCCUUGGGGCGAAGCACUUGCACCAUUCCUACAGAAGCCCCCUAGCCUGGCUUUAGCUGUCCUGAGACCGUUUGCCGGUGCCGUGUUCCUUGUUAGCGAUUUGAAGAAUAUUUCUCUUUCGAUUUCCUCAAGAGAUACAAAAGGCUAUUCAGUUGCCCUGCGCAUGGCACUUUUCGCGACCCACUUACUAGGUCUUCACGAGUUCACUCAAAUCGUAUCGCAAGACCUGCAAGCACAAUAUCUGUAUCUCCUUGGCCUGACUUACGAGCUAGUCAAUGACCAAAUAGAUCUGCUUGAGAACGACAUUCUCUUCGAGUCGCAUAUGGAUCCAGAUUCUAUGGAAGAGCUUCGAAAAAUGCUUCGGGUCAUUUUAGCGACAUUUGCUGCUGUUGCAAGGAAUGCGAGUUCUUGGCGAGAGGAGGUUGAAGGUUUACCUGCUCACGACACUUCCCGAACGGUUCGGGAGCUGAUCGGCACAUUUCUUAAUGCUUCACGUUCUCUAGAUCCCCAGGGAUACUACGCUGGAAAGGCGCUCUCCCGAUUUUUGGAGAUUUUAUCGAGCAUGCAAGACUGGAUCAUUACUGGCGGCGACGAAUGGCUCGAGCAACUUGGAAUCAUGAACAGUAUGACACAGAAUAUUUUCGGAGCCUCUGCGAUCCUGAUAGGUUUUGAAGCGAGCCUACGCCCUCAUAAACCAAUCAACACACUGUGCAACCGUCUUAUUAGCGAUAUAUCUGUCGCAUCUCCGCACGAAAGGACGCUUCAGAAGCUUUUUCUUUUGAACUCCUGCCUCGCAGUUUAUACCAAGGACCAGGCAGAGAUUCCUGUCGCGCAGAUCCGACUAAUCUCUGUAGUGAAACAGAUACUCUCUUGGUCCAAGGCUUUAGCUACAACCCAUGUUGAACUCGGCUCUGAGGCAUGUCGCGCUCUGCACCCGCUUCUCCCGGCCAUCAAGGAUGUCUACGGCUCCUACUGGCAAGAUGCGCUUAACUUAGGUGUCGGUAUUUGGAGCGCAGACGAGCUUGUUUGCCUUUCAGACCUCCGACUUCCUGGAGUUGGAAUGUCUCUAAAAUUGGUGUCAAUUCUGCAAAAUUUAGCAGAUGCCAACGAUGACUUGACCGAUGCACUUGUUCAAUCCAAUAGCGCGAUCUCCAGUGGACUGGCCAAUUUGCUGAAGCUUGAAAGAUCAAAGGACAACCUACCACUUCAAUUUGUUGAUGACAUUCUUCUGCGACAAGUCACCAAGAUUGACACCGCUUCCAUUACAGAUUUAUCAGGGCUGUAUGGUCUGGUUUGGUCAGAUUUCCGAAUGGUGCAAUCCGCUGCAUUUGAUAUUCUUCAAAAGACGCUUGUUGAGGCCCAAGGACAAAUUUCUCUUGAAGUUGCUCUCACAGGAACAAGUGCGACAAUUGAGGGCGAACUGUUGUCUUUACUCCUUGAGGCUCCGAAGAUCAACGAUUACCAAGAUGCAGAUCUCGAAUUAUUCCCACUCUCUGUGCGCCGAUAUCUACUCUCGUGGCACCUUGUUUUUGACUCGUUUUCGUCAGCUUCCAAUAUGGUUCGGCGCGAUUACAGCGACGAGAUUAAAACAGGAGGCUACCUUAGCCCAUUUCUGGAAUUCAUGUUUGAUAUCCUAGGGCACUCCGCGGCCAGCCCCCUCAAGCUCGACAGGGAAUAUGUCGACGAUUCCAUGAUACGAAAAUACGACAUGUGGGACGCAACGAAUUCAGAGUCCUUGGAGCAUGACAUGCACUGGCUUCUUGUUAAUCUGUACUAUCUCUGCUUGAAGUACAUUCCAGGUGAAGUCAAAAGCUGGUGGUUGAACUGCAAGGAACGACAAACUUCUAUUGCUGUCAGAGCUUGGACUGAAAAAUAUUUUUCAACGCUGAUCGUGCAAGACCUAUUGGAUGACGUUAGUCAGUGGUCGGAGAAGCAGGAAGCUGAAUCGGACGAUGAGAAGAAACUUCAGGUCAAAGUUUCCAAGAACUCAAGAGAAGUGUCCGCGGGGUAUGAGAUUGAUGAAAUGGAGAUGAAAAUGGUCAUCCGUUUGCCUCCAGCAUACCCGUUGUCAAUCGCUACAGUCGAAAGCGUUAAUCGAGUCGCUAUCCCGGUCGAAAAGUGGCAGACCCUUCUCAGGAGUACGCAGGGGAGAAUUCAGUUCGCAGACGGUUCUAUCGUGGACGGCUUGGAAACUUUCCGAAAGAAUGUAGCCGACGCUUUGAAGGGACACGUAGAAUGCGCCAUCUGCUACUCUAUUGUCUCAUCCGAGAAAAGACUCCCCGACCGGAAAUGCGCCACUUGUAAUCACCUGUUCCACAACGACUGCCUCCACAAAUGGUUCAAGACCAGCAACUCCAGCACAUGUCCUCUCUGCCGCACCCAGUUUCAGUACAUCACAGUGGGCAGUCGACCUCGGGAGCGAGUCUGAUUUGACAUGUUGGAUGGUCUCGGUGGAUCUGCUUCUAGGGUACAGUCUUCGAUUUCCCACCGGAAAUAAACUUGACGAAACCGAUAUUAUGUUAGGAUUACACGCUUUACGAUACAUGAGAUAACGAGAUACAGUCAUCCCGCAUUUUCAAGUGCUGACGUGCGGAGGCCUGUUUCCCAUAUUCCAUUGAUGAUACUGCAGGAGCGGGUACUAGCACCGAGGCAGCUUCAAAGAUCUCUCUUUGAGUUUCAUGCCCUGUAACUGUCAUUUAGAUAGAUGCUGGCCACUUGGACAAAUGUACCAAUUCCGCAAAAAUGGAAUUUCAUUAAACAUGAGACCUUUGCGUCCGAGCUCAAGUGCUUGUAAAUGAUUGAUUGACUUUGAGAUAUGCGCCCUUAGUGUUUG